AUGCAUGAACUUUUAACCUAUAGAUUAUCAUUGAUCCGAAAUAAAAAUAAUUUUGAAGAUUAAUUAAGUCUCAAAGAGAAAAUGGUAAUCUAAGCAGAGAUAGUAUUGACAUUUGCAAUCAUGAUAGAUAUAUUCAUAAGAAUAAUUGCAGAGAGAUAAGUAAUCCUGCUUAUGAAUGGUACUAGUUUUUAAGGAUAAAUGAAUAUCUUUAAUGUAGCUAUAUUCGUCUUGAUAUUGGUAUUAAUAUCCCUCUAUUGCAUUUGUAAUUCAACUUUUUAUUAAUCUAGAUAGAUCAAAGCCAAUAUUAUUGAAGCAGAUGUUAGGGUUGAUUUUAACAUUUUUAUAUUAAUUCAUUUAGAUAAUUCGAACAAUCUAUGCAAUCAAGCAGUGAAGUAUUGUGUCAAAUUUUCAGAUCUUGCAAGAUAAUGCGAUUGGAGAAUGUGAAAAAAACAUUCAUUUUGAAACCAAUUAAUUUUGAUGACUCCAGACAUUAGGCCUUUGUGUACAUUGAUGAUCACAAAGAAUCAUUUCAUUUAUUGAUUAUUCUAAAUUAUAUUUAUUGUGUAAAUUUAUAAACCCUUUCUUUCAGCUUUGGGAUUUAGACUUCAAUCAACAUAUUAUUAUCUUCGGAUUUAAUCUGCUAAGACAGCAAAUACUAUUCACAGCAAUAAAACUAUUUCCAAAAACUAUUUCACCCAAUCAGAGUCAAACUGCAAUUAAACUGCAAACAUUUAGAUCAUUUAUCAUCAGUAAAACUAUUAUAUUCAAACCUAUUGAAGAUUAAGAUUAUGAUGAAAUAAUUAAACUACUCAUGAUCAAGAUUUAUUUAGUGUUUUAUUAUUAAUUUAGAGAACAAGAAAGGACUGGAUUUGACUUAUUAUCUUUCAAAAAAAGACUACUCCUAAAUCUAAAUUUAAAUGAAAUGGAAAAAUUCAAGCUAUCCUGGCAGAUUGAACAAAACUGAAAUUCAAGGAUAGUUUAUUUCAUUUGGUUUUAGUGCUGACAAAACCUUGCAGAUAAAAUUGUUUUACAUCUUUGAUGAGGAUUCUAAUGGCACUGUUGAUUAUAAAUUACUUAUAGUAGGUUUAGAAGUGUUUAAAGAUGACCCCUAAUUGAAAAUUGAAGAAUAAUCUGCUUAAACCUUAAAAGAGUUUUUGUUUUUGAUAAAGAUGGCUCCAAUCAAGUCAGUAAAAAAAACUCUUCAACAAUUGAAAUAAAAUAUCAUUAAUAAGAAUGAUAAAAAUUAAAUAAAAAUGGUCAUAGUAGAAAUAAUCGAAUGAGUGGAUUAAGAUGAAGAUGGAGAAUUAAAUAUAGAAGAAAUA